GCAUACACUUUGGGCGAUUUGAGCUCUGUGGACAGCACUGGGAGUACGUCUCACCUCUAUUCUGGUCAACGCAGCGCCGCUGCAGAACGAAAACUCGCACGUGCAUCCAAAAACAAGGGAUCGAAUGGGAUAGGUUCCAUACGAUCCGGUGGAGGGCGCAUCCGUGACAAGUUCCGUUCGAAUGUGCACAAAGCCGCACUUGUAUCACAGCUGCAUCUGUCACACCUACGCGGUAAAUGGCCGUCGGGUGCUGCUGUAACUGGCUCGAAACAUCUAGGCUUGGAGGAUAAUGUGGAUGAGCUGGGUUUCAACAUUCGUCACACAGUCGGUGGUGCUGGUGAAGGUUACUGCAACAUGAAUGUGAUUUCUGACAAGUUUGAGCAGGAUGAUCUGCGGUCACUAGACAAUGAUAGCUUUUUGCACAAACUGGAAAGCGCAGUGUACCCAGGUCUACUGAACAAUACGUCAUCCCAGGAGUCGCAACGUGCUGUCACAUUUGCUGGCAUAGAAUCUUCAUCCGACUUAAUCGUGGCUGACUCUUACACUCAGUCAGAUUUCCGCAGUUUGGCCAAUGCCGAUUUGAGCUUGGGUGCCGCGAGGUCGGAUGUGCAUAGACAACGUCGGGUAGAGCAUGAUCGCAACGGUGCCUUCAUAUCUCUGUUUCCACCAGUCAAACAUAUUCGUUUUCCGGCACCGGGGCCCCCAGUGACCGGUUGGGCCCACUUAUUCUCCAACCUGAAGGACACCACCGUGCAGUCGACCGUUGUUCCUGAAGAACCACCGCAAACUAUCGACGUAUUUCACAGUAGCAAACAGAGGGACUCUUCAUCUCAUGAUGACACUAAAUUGACAUCGGUAACGGCAACAAUAUUUCAUCCCAUUCCGUACACUGAACCGUUCCGAUGGCAAUUCGGUCAACAAGAUCCAGCCACUACGUUUCCAUCAUCAGUUUUGGUUCCUCGACGCCAAUCACAAAAUGGACCGAAAACAAGACAGAUGUCAGGCCCAAGUAGCGUGGGAGCCAAAGAAUUACCUCAUAUCAACGAACAUUCCAGCCCGAGUGCAUCUAAGCCCACUUUAGCCAGCAUCGUCAAAUCGCUGCAAACGCGACCGCUGUCACCCACUACAUUUGACGCUCAUGUGGACAGUGGUUAUCAUGACUCCAUACUAGAGACCUCGUUAAACCUGUCGGCGCAGAGUUUGAACUCUUCUCUACCACCAGUGAAUACACUAUUAUCUCAGCCUAGGUUCUCUGAUGUGGUAAUAUCUCAAGGGUACCUGUUAACACCCAGCCAUCCUUUAGAAGGCGUAUGCGCUACACCAAUUCAAACGGUCGACUCAACCUAUGUGCAAGACUUCAGUAACCUUGAGGACACAGACUAUAUGGCGCAAGACAAUCUGGACUUGGGCACAUCGUGCAGUUCAAAUGGAACCGGCCAGGAUUCUGGGGAUAGCGCCACGGUUAUGCUACCCAAUCAUCUAGACAUCAAUGGUCGGAGUUCUUCGAAGUAUCUACGACCAGGAUUUCCAUUGCGCUCAUCGAACAGUUCACCUACAAUUGGUUUCUCAAAGCUGUAACCAGGGGUGGAUGCACCAUGCAGCAUGCCACUGUCAAAUAAUUGCCAAUAGUGCCGUUCUGUUUGAAUCGUCGUACCAAUUGCGCCAUUGUGAUGCAGCUUCAGACAUUCUUUCCUCGUAUCGUCAAGCCUAGGAUUAUCACCUGUACCGUUUCGCUUUUCCUCUUCUAUCAGCUUAUUUUUCAUCGAGGUGAUUUUAUUAAUGAGAUGGCGGCUGUACACUAUUUUUAGAAAGUUACACAAUUGUUAAUUUACUUAAUGCGACCCUAGGCUGUGAUGUGUGCACUUUCCAUUCUACUGUUUACAUCUUAUUUACCUUUUACAUUUUCACAUUAAAAGCUUAGCAAUUCACGUGUAUAUCUUUUCGCCUGUCUACCUUUCUAACCACUAGGCAACCUAGGCAUACUUCUGAAAACACUUUGGUCUGCCUUCAUUGUUAUCCGUCUAUUUGCCUUUAGCGAUUUCCCGAGGUCUGUACCCAACCCACAAUCUAUUCUUCUAUUCCCAAUGUUUCGAUCUGAUCCCUAUUUGUUGUAAUCCAUGACGAACUAGCAAGGAUGAAACGCUCAGUUUGCCAAGAAAUAUUUUUAUACACAUUUGUUGGCAACAUCUAACUUUUUCGCCUUCUCACGUCUCUUUGACUCGUUCCUCUUUCAAACUUUUAUUAGAUGCCAGCACAUGUUUUGCACUUAUGCACACGUAGUGCACAUUUUUCUGAAGCAUUUGUAAUUGCAAUCGUCUUUUUAUGUUUGCAGUUAAGCUACUACAUGCAUGCAUAUAGUUGAUAUUGAU